ACGGCAUUCACCACAGCACGAAAAUAUCAAAACGCCUCACAUUUCUUUUUUUCUCCAACCUGUGCAGAAAGACUAACGAAAGAGCAAAACCUUUCACAUCAAACUGGAGUGUGGGUUCUGAGGGCCUGAGUACAUGUAAGUUUGCAUGAGAUAAAAAUACAAACAAGAAUUAAUUUUUUUAAAACAACAGAAAAGUCUGAAAGGAUGGUGGCAGAAGUACUGAUAAUGCUGAUAAUAAAGAUGGCAGCAGCUUCCAUGCCUGGCUCUGUAACGGACCUUAAACGUGGAGAUGGAACUGCCUUCCCAGAGCUCAGCUCAUGCCACCUGGUGGGAUUUGGAGUCAGAGUGUUCCCUUCCAACAUUUCCCGAAACACCUCGUGCUUAAAAGUGAAGCAGACGCAGAUCAGAGAGAUUCGGCAGAGUGACUUUACCAACCUACAGAACCUCAGAAGGCUCUUUAUCCUGCAGAACAACAUCCUGCAGAACAUCGGUGAAUCUGCCUUUGCCAGCCUGCCUCUGCUAACUGACAUCUCCAUAUCUGAAAAUCUUGCUUUAGAAACUAUAAGAGCUUUCGCUUUCUCUGAUCUCCCAGAGCUCAUUGAAAUAGAGAUAACCAAGUCUAAACACCUGAGAUCCAUUCAUCCAGAUGCCUUCAGGAACAUUGUGAACCUUCGGCGUCUGACCAUCUCCAACACUGGCCUGAGAUUUUUUCCAGACCUCUCCAAAAUCCAGUCUGCAGCUCAAGAUUUUCUUUUUGACCUCCAGGACAAUAUCAACAUAGAAGCCAUCCCUGCCAAUGCCUUCAGGGGCCUUUGCACAAAACCAAUCAAGCAAAUACGGCUCACCAGAAAUAGCAUCAAGGAGGUGGCGAGUGACACCUUCAAUGGAACAAAGAUGUACAGAUUGCUUCUCAGUGGAAACGAGCAGCUUGCUCACAUCAGCCCCAACGCCUUUGCGGGUUCCAGUCAGUUGGUGGUGCUGGACGUCUCUCAGACUGCUGUCAGCUCUUUGCCAGACUCCAUCCUCGGUGGUCUAAAGCAGCUGUUUGCAGAAUCUGCCUAUCGCCUUAAAGAGCUUCCUAUUGUGCAGCGCUAUACAAAGCUGCACAUAGCCAAACUGACAUAUCCUUCACACUGCUGCGCCUUCAAAAACAUGCACAGAAAUAGAUCAAGGCCGACCUCUCUGUGUAGCCACCCUGAGGCGGAAACUAUCCCAGCCUUCUUCAGGGAGCACUGUUCCAACUCUACUUCCAUCUCCUGCAGCCCGACACCUGACAACUUUAAUCCGUGCGAGGACAUUAUGUCCCCCAUCGCCCUGCGGAUCCUCAUCUGGAUCAUCUCUGUUCUCGCUCUGCUUGGCAAUGCAGUGGUUCUCCUGGUGUUGUUAGGCAGUCGCUCCAAGCUCACUGUUCCUCGCUUUCUUAUGUGCCACUUGGCCUUCGCUGACCUCUGCAUGGGUAUUUACCUAGUAGUGAUCGCCACAGUAGACAUGCUCACUCACGGCCGCUACUACAACCACGCCAUCGAUUGGCAGAUGAGCUUCGGCUGCAAAGCUGCAGGAUUUGUCACAGUGUUUGCCAGUGAGCUGUCAGUGUUCACACUAACAGCCAUCACUGUGGAGCGCUGGCACACUAUCACAAACGCUAUGCGGCUUGACCGCAAACUUCGCCUGAGGCACGCCUGCAUCAUCAUGACCACUGGCUGGAGCUUCUCCCUGCUGGCUGCAUUGUUGCCCACAGUUGGUGUCAGCAGCUACAGCAAAGUGAGUAUCUGCCUGCCAAUGGAUGUGGAGUCUGCAGUGUCCCAGGUCUACGUUGUUUCUCUACUCAUCCUCAACAUCCUAGCCUUCUUCUGCGUUUGUGGCUGUUACCUUAGCAUCUACUUGACUUACCGCAAGCCUUCAUCAGCACCUGCUCACGCCGACACCCGAGUGGCUCAACGCAUGGCUGUCCUCAUCUUCACCGACUUUGUCUGCAUGGUGCCCAUCUCCUUUUUUGCCAUCUCUGCCGCAUUCAAGCUCCCUCUCAUCACCAUCUCAGAUGCCAAGCUACUCCUGGUCCUUUUCUACCCCAUCAACUCAUGCUCAAACCCUUUCCUGUAUGCCUUCUUCACCCACACUUUCCGGCGGGACUUCUUCCUCCUUGUAGCUCGCUUUGGCCUGUUUAAGACUCAAGCCCAAAUUUACCGGACAGAGACUUCCUCUUGUCAGCAACCAACGUGGACCUCUCCAAAGAGCAGCCGUGUCAUGUACUCCUUGGCGAAUACGCUGAGUCUGGAUGGAAAACAGGAGUUCUGACUGUCACCAAAAUAAUCACAGUUACAGACUUUCAAUGAAUUGUCUUUUUUUCCCUCACAGAAGCUAAAGACCAUUGGAUGACGAAAUGUUUAAAAGCAAUGUGGCACUUUAUAAUGGAAGAAAGUAUCAGUGUUUGGGAAGCUAAACAGUUUUAUAUACGGUUCAACAUUGUAGAGAUUCAUAAACAAGUGGAAAAACCCUGAGUUAAUCCCCCCUUCUCAUGUUUAAAUGGUUUGGUCUUUAUAGCUCCAGGGCUUUCCCACUAAACACUCGACAUCCAUGGACAUCUUUAUGGUUAUUUAAAGUGGGCCAAUCCAAAACUGGUGUUGAACUAGUGUUGAAAUCUGUUUGCCUAAGAAGUUGGAACUAGUUCCUAACUAGUUGAAGUUGCUAACUUUACUUAGCAAUACAGUAAAAAAAAACGAAAAAAAAAAAAAAAACAAUAUAUACAGGACUAUGGUGUAAGUGAUUUCAUGAAAUGAAAGCAUAUAUAAGCAAAUUAGAGUUUUUUUUACACUUUACACAUAUAUUAGCCAUAUUAUGGUGUGAGGACCGUGAUGGCCACUAAUUCUGACUUCAGCUAAUUCUAGGUUAGAAUUCAUAAACUGUAAGUAAUAAUACAAGUUCAAUAUUUUGUGAUAGUUGGGGUUAUGCGCUGUGUAUUUUAACUCCUAAUGUUUGUCAUUAAUUCAGUGACACGCACAGUACUGCUAAAACUCUGUUAGAAAACAGUGUUUGAAUGCAUAUAAUGGUUAGAAAUACCUUGCUCUUAGAUUGUUUUGUCAACAGCAGUUAGACCUGUCAGUGCAGCUCAACAAUUGGUAAAUCCCUCUGUUUUUCAUGGUUAAGCCUGCCAUGAUGUCAUGAAAUAGUAUGGCACGACUGCAAAUCUACCAAAAUAUGGCCAGGGAAGGAGAGCAUUAAUCAGAGAAGCUGCCAAGAGGUCCAUGGUGUCUCUGGAGGAGCUGCAGAAACCAGAGCUCUUGUAGGUGAAUGUGUUAUGUACUCCACAAAUCUGACCAAAAAAGACAUUAUGGCUGUCGCUUGUGUUAAACUUAUUUACAGUUAUUGUUAUUAACUGUUUAUAUGCCCUUUUUACACUAAAUCAGUACUGCACAAGAUUAAAAAAUUUGCAUCUCACUUUUCUUCUUCGUUCUCUGACUUGAAGGUAGAACAUAGUUAAGUUUAGGCCAGAGUUCUGCUCUAUACAGUUCUACAAACAAUACGGCUUAUCAGCCCAAGACUUUGGACUCCAAGGUUGAGUUUCCUGCUCCGAUCAAAUGCUGCAAUCAAUUUCUUUCUGAAGUCAGAGGUGUGAGAUGGAAAAUUAGGCUAUUCUUUAUGUGAGCUGAGUGCCUUCUGGUUGCAAAUAAGAAUAACCCAGCAGGAUUUACACAUUAUCUAUUUGUUUACAAAUAGAUAAUGUGUAGUAGAAUGAUGGCAGCUGGUUUAAUGAGAUGCAAACUGUCAGAAGCGCCAAUAAAUAGUUCAUUCCCGCAACUUUGGUCACCGAACUCCAAUGUGUCCAGUUGGAAUUCCAACUUGAAGAAGCAUCCUUGUUGCAUUUCUGACUGGAAACUCACAAACUCCAACUCCAGAAAACAAAUAGAAUGCACCAUUAAUCACCUCAUCAGUUGAAAGCAAUCUAUGCAAACACAGAAUAGCUGUAGAUCAUUUUUGCUUGAAUCUGGGUCAUAAAAACUGUCCUACAUACAGUUGUUUUUGUUACAAAUAGAUUAUAGCACUAUAUGGGUGAGGUUUACAGCAACAUGACUGUUUGAAAGUAAAAGUAAACAGAUGAGUUCAACUGUCAUUUCCCCAACAAAUAUCCUUGUGGUGUGACAAGAUGUGCUACAAAAUGAGAUAGCUUGAAACAAAUUAGACCAAAGUUUAAUAUGUGGGAUGUCAGCAUCAAGAAUUCAACAUUUGUUCAAUGUUUGAUAUUGUGACUGAGGGAUAUUUAUUUUAAAAGAACACUGCAGGGAACUGCUGAUUAAAAGUCUGCUCAUACACACUGUCUGCUGAAGCUCUUCAUACCUCCAAAUCUGCUCCAACUCAUGAGUAUAUAUUCUGCUCAAAAUGAAGGUCAUGUGAUCAUCUUGAGAUGUAAUUAUGCUGUUGCGUUUUUGUACAAAAUGUGUUGUUUUUCAUAAUAUUUGAUAAAGUUGUUCAUAAAGCUUUCUAACUGAGCAUUUUAUGAUAAAUGUAUUCUCUAAAAUA